AUGUAUCUCUUACUGCGCGACCGAAUAAGGGCAGAGGAGGAUCUCGCACGUGGGCAUCGCUGCUCCGUUCCUGCGCACGAUCGCAACGGUGGCAGCAGUGUUAAAGAUGACGCGGGGGGAGGGGGAGUACGACCGAGCGAGGAGGCGCGGAGGAGGCUGACGCACGUGGGGCUGGCGGGCGCGCAGUGUUGGGGGCUGAGGCGCGCGGGCAGCUGCCGGCAGGAGGCGCCAGAUGGCGGGUCGCAGCGCGGAGCACCUGGCGCGCGCCGCCCGCCCCACCACGCAGCUGCCGCUUUGGACCUCGAGCGGCGGCCGGCCCGCGCGCCCGCACGCCAAAAAUGCGCCCCCCUCACCCCCCCCCACCGACUGCUCAUGAAACGCGACCGACGGGGUUCUAACCAACAGCCAGCACAGCCGCUGUCUUUAAAAAAAAAAAUUGUUAUUGUUGAUGUUUCACGAGAUCAAUUUAUAACUUUUCUCACGUCUUUUGUUGAUUAUAGUAGAGCUGGAAGUUCAUGGAAGUGCAUUGGAGGGGUGACUGCAGAGCUUCAAUUACCAGAAAGGUCUUACAACUUAAACAAGGUACACAACUUAAACAAGCGACAAGGCAAUAUUCAGGUGUAUAUACCAACUAACACUUUACCUAAUAAACAAAUACUCUACAUCUGGUUGGAGUACAAGCGAAGUAAUGCAUCAGAUCUAAGAAGAAAGCAGAGUUUUGCAAGUUAA